CGGGCGGAUCCCGACGGGCCCGGUGACGUGUCUGUGCUUACAAGAGCCCGGCCCGGCUCUGCCGGCCUGGGUUGGGUUGGGUUGGGGCAGAAGACGAAGAAAGAGGUGACGGCGAGGAGAAAAGGGUGUAACGGGGAGGCGCCUCAAGGAUUCCGCUCCGUAGGCCCGGGCAGCCACAGACGCGCCGCCGCUCGCAGAAGGAGAGCCCUGCCUGGCCUGCACCAUGUUCAAUGUGGAGAGUCUGGAGCGGGCCGAGCUCGGGGAGAGCCUGCUCACCUGGAUCCAGACAUUUAAUGUUGAAGCACCAUGCCAGACUGUAGAAGAUUUAACAAAUGGAGUCGUGAUGGCCCAAGUCCUUCAAAAGAUAGAUCCAACAUACUUUGAUGAAAAUUGGCUAAACAGAAUCAAAACAGAAGUAGGAGACAAUUGGAGACUGAAGGUGAGCAAUCUGAAGAAAAUUUUGAAAGGAAUUUUGGAUUACAAUCAUGAGAUAUUGGGGCAGCAGAUCAAUGACUUUAUCCUUCCUGAUGUCAACUUGAUCGGGGAACACUCUGAUGCUGCUGAGCUUGGAAGAAUGCUUCAGCUUAUUUUGGGCUGUGCUGUAAACUGCGAGCAAAAACAAGAAUACAUCCAGACCAUCAUGAUGAUGGAGGAGUCUGUUCAACAUGUUGUCAUGACUGCCAUUCAGGAGUUGAUGAGUAAAGAAUCUCCAGUGUCUGCUGGAAAUGAUGCUUACGUUGAUCUUGACCGUCAGUUGAAGAAAACAACAGAAGAAUUAAAUGAAGCUUUAGCAACCAAAGAAGAAAUUGCUCAGAGAUGCCAUGAACUGGACAUGCAGGUUGCUGCACUGCAAGAGGAGAAAAGUAGUUUGCUAGCAGAAAACCAGGUUUUGAUGGAACGCUUGAAUCAGUCGGAUUCUAUAGAAGAUCCUAACAGCCCAGCAGGACGCAGACACCUGCAGCUACAGACACAGUUGGAACAGCUCCAGGAAGAAACAUUCAGAUUGGAAGCAGCAAAGGAUGAUUAUCGAAUACGUUGUGAAGAGCUAGAAAAGGAGAUUGCAGAACUGCGGCAACAGAAUGAAGAACUGACAAAUCUAGCUGAAGAAGCUCAAUCUCUGAAGGAUGAAAUGGAUGUACUUAGGCAUUCUUCUGACAAAGUAGCCAAGUUAGAAAGCCAGGUGGAAUCAUACAAAAAGAAGCUGGAGGAUCUAGGAGAUCUGCGAAGGCAGGUGAAGCUUUUGGAGGAGAAGAAUACAAUGUAUAUGCAAAACACUGUAAGCUUAGAAGAGGAACUGAGGAAAGCCAAUGCAGCCCGCAGUCAGCUGGAAACAUACAAGAGACAGGUAGUUGAGCUACAGAAUAGAUUAUCUGAAGAAUCCAAGAAAGCAGACAAGUUAGAAUUUGAGUACAAGAUGCUGAAAGAAAAAGUAGACAGUCUGCAGAAAGAAAAAGAUAGGCUAAGGACAGAGAGAGAUUCCCUAAAAGAAACGAUUGAAGAGAUUCGAUGUGUACAAGCACAGGAGGGGCAGCUUACUACUUCAGGAUUGUUGCCCCUGGGUGGUCAGGAAUCUUCUGACAGUUUAGCAGCAGAAAUUAUUACACCUGAAAUCAAGGAAAAACUCAUUCGUCUCCAACAUGAAAACAAGAUGCUAAAACUUAAUCAGGAAGGGUCUGAUAAUGAAAAGAUUGCCUUGUUGCAGAGCCUCUUGGACGACGCUAAUCUCAGAAAGAAUGAACUGGAGACAGAAAAUAGACUUGUAAAUCAGAGGUUGCUUGAAGUACAAUCCCAGGUUGAAGAAUUGCAGAAAUCUUUACAGGAACAAGGCUCAAAAGCUGAGGAUGCUAUUUCAGUCAUUCUGAAAAAGAAGCUUGAUGAACACCUUGAAAAACUGCAUGAAGCUAAUAAUGAGCUACAGAAGAAACGUGCUAUCAUUGAAGAUUUAGAACCUCGAUAUAACAAUAGUUCACUUAAAAUAGAAGAAUUGCAAGAAGCUUUGCGUAAAAAAGAAGAGGAAAUGAAGCUAAUGGAAGAACGAUACAAAAAAUACUUGGAAAAGGCUAAAAGUGUUAUCCGUACUUUAGAUCCCAAACAGAAUCAGGGCUCAGCACCUGAAAUUCAGUCACUGAAGAAUCAACUGCAAGAACGUGAAAGGAUGUUUCAUUCUUUAGAGAAAGAACAUGAAAAAACAAAGAAUCAAAGAGAAAUGGAAGAGAAAUAUAUUGUCAGUGCCUGGUACAAUAUGGGGAUGACUCUUCAUAAAAAAGCAGCAGAAGACAGACUGGCUAGUACGGGUUCAGGACAGUCCUUCCUGGCUAGACAAAGGCAAGCCACCAGCGCAAGAAGAGCGUAUCCCGGCCACGUCCAGCCAGCCACAGCAAGGUAGAAGCAGACCUUGCCUUGCCUUUUGAAGGGAAGCCAUCCUGGGAUCAAGACCGGCUUCUGCGACGAGCGACAGCAUUUCAGGAAACUUAGCCAGCAUCCUGUCUGCCUCCUUGUCCCUGCAGUCACCUUCUCGUUUCAGGAAGGUUAACAAACAAACAAAAAGUUUCUCAGUGUUUCGAACCCCUUCACUCUUACUUUCUGGAGUCUUCCUUUUGCCUUUUAAUGUGCCAAAAUGUUGGAAAGCACCUAGUGGAGCAUUCCACCUAGUGGAAUAAAGCAAUCUCUCCUGCCCACCCGUUUAUUUGGAAUUGUCUUCUCCUGACUGAAGCCUGAAGAUGGCCAGGUAGCAAACCCAAUAUGCCCUGUUGGUGAAUGACAUUGCCAUCCUUUCCAAGGCUACAAUUGUAUAAAGGGAAUAUUCUCCUUUCCUUUUUUCCUUUCUGAUCUGUUUAAAGUAUGCAAUGCAAUUUUCAGAUGCAUUUCAUAUAGUUCCUGUGAAAUGUAUUAGUUGCAGGGGUCUAGAUGCUGGCAAAAGCUGUAACGUAGUUGCAAGUGCCCAAGUUGAUUUGUUCAUAAAUUUAUCUGGUGCUGCUGUUACAACUUUUCUUGGCUUUCAUUCAGAGGGGCAGGCUGGUUUUUGGCUUGCUCGCCCACAUGCUUUUCCCCCCUUGACAUCACCAGGGUUCGGUGACUUGAAGACCUUGCCACAUUCAUGGUUAGCACAGUUAAUGUGGAAAGUAGCAACCAUUUCCUGCAUGGUCUUUGCUUUGCCAUCCCCAUCACACUCUAAACGAGUAGGGGAUGGCCAGUCCAUCCUUUUCCUUGCCAUGUGCUCUUAUUGCAGACUUCCAGUGGUUUGGAAGUCAUAGGAAAGGAGGCCAUAGUCAUACUCUCUGACUUGACUGGAUCCUACACAUAAACCACCUGGGCAACACUGAAAAGUGAUGAACCGUGUAGAGAAUGAUUGUCUCUUUUCCUCCUGGAGAUACCAAAUUGCUUUUGACUGAAUGUCUUGUUGGUGCUGUCUUCAAAUUGCCAUCCACCCCUGAAGACUAUUUGGACAGGUCAGUAAGGCUUUGUGAGCCCAAUAAUUGCCUUUCGGAUGGUGAUUAGUGCCUUCAGGCAAGGUGAUUCAGGCCUGAGAACCUUCUAUUCAUUUGUGCCAAACCUUAAUGCAUGCCUAUGCAGUUUAUUGGUCUUGUCCCUUCAGGUUCUGACCCUGCCAGUAUUGAACCCCAGAUGUUAAGCCGCAUACCCACUUUUCAAAUAAACAUUUGAGAAGUUGGGAAUUGCUCAAAGUGAUAUUUUCAUAUGGAUUCACUGUUAAGAAUAGCUUGGAGGCUUUGUUGAAAAACUUCAUAUUUAAGAUAUUUUUUUAGUCUACCUGUCUUUCAGCAAAGGAUUUCUUUUCUUUUAAAUGCAGCUCUUGUUGACAUUUUAAAAGUAUUCCAAGGAUUCUGCCUUUUAGGGGAGUGGGAAAAGUACCUGAGAUGGUUUUCACUUGGAAGUGCAUCUGGAGUUUAUCAUCAUAUUUGGAUAACAAAACUGUAACUUUCACACACACUUUUUUUGCAAGAAUGCACAGUACCUCUUCUUAAUUAAAAAAGUAGUGGUUGUUUUUAUUCACUACUACCCUAAUAUAUAAAGGUAGCUUUUUAAGUCCAGCAAUGUGAACAGUAAUGAUUAAAAUGAAAUGUGUUGCUGUUGGCGCUCUGUAGUAUGGUUUCGUUGUUUGGUGACAUAGGCCAGGUCUUACCAGUAUGCAGCAAAAUAAAGAUAAGGUUAAGUCACUUAGUAAACUGGCAUCUUUUCCUGCAACAGCAAAUUUAGAGCAGGUGGCAGAGAAGUUCAAAGGUGUUUGUAUGUGUUUUUCAUAUACAAAGCAAAUGUAUUAGAUGGUUACCCUGUCAUUUUCUGCUGCUUGGAUUGAUAAUUAACGAUUAGGCCAUAUGCAAAGGAGUUGUCAAUCUGGAACAAUCCUGUUUUAUGGUAAAGCACACUGCACUUGCUGUUCUAGAGAAUGGCUUGGUUCUAGCACUCUUAAUUUUUUGCCAGACAUGCCUCUGCUUGCAAACCAGAAGCAAAAACCUGAAUCUGCCCGAGGGGAGAGUUUUUUAUGCAGACUGUUGUGCUAAUCUGAUAAAGCUGUUCCCAUUAUUUAGUUCAGGAAGGGUACUUUGAUGCAGACUUCCUAAAGGUUGGACCUACAUAUUUUUCAGUAGCAUCUUUUUGUCUCCCUCCUCCCACUAAAAACGGCUUUCCUUUCUCUGUUGGUACUCUGAAUUUGUCUACCUUCCAUGACAAUUUUCCUGUUUCUCAUUUACAGUGAGAGCAGCUUGCUUCCCUGUUUUGAUUGCCUUAUAUAUUGGUUGCAUUGUAAUAGGCAAGGUUGUUAUAAAUCCCAUUAUUCUAAAAUGUCAGGGAUUCCUCACUUAAAGCAUACAUUUUUAUGGGAAUUGAACUUGCAUUCUUGUGGAUCUUAAGCACCAUGGAAAGCAACCAUGAAGAAGAAAUUCACAGGCAGUUAGCUGCACUUAAAUGCCAUUGAAAUCAGCCAGACAUCAGUUGUGGCUAAAUUAAGUGCCAUUGAUAGUAUAGGGCUGCAUCGCAACUUACUUGCUGCCAGGUGCAGGCUUCAUAGCAAAGGCAGAGUAAAAAGCCUUCCUUUUGAAAGAGUGGUCUCUGUUGGAAUGGAAGGGACCCAUAAGCACUUCAAGCAAGUCCACAACUUGUAGAAAAUUUUUCAUGAAACUUUUCUGUGGCAGAACAGUGCUAGCACAUGAUUAUUUGGAAAGCAGGAACGCGUUGGUCAUGCCAAGAGACCCUGAGAAGCCACUCCCUGGCUUGUCCCUUACUUCCAACAGACUAUCGCCUGCUCAGCAGCUUCCCAUUUCUUGUUUCUCCCUUGGGUCCGCUUCUGGCAUGUACCCAAGGGCCUUGUAGCAGAAGUCCUCAUUUCCUCAUUUCCUACAGAAGCACCCUUUCUGCAGCUGUUCCACUGUGCUUGCCUCCUCCCCUCAACAGUUCGCACACGGGAGAUAAUUUUCCAAGCCUUGUGAAUGGAGGAAAGAUUUCCUGCCCCAAGAUUUCACUUCGGCUCGACUGCUCUGGCACAAAUAUUGUGUAAUUGUGCCCCACCACCUGCCCCCCCGUUUGGGCAAAACCACUCUCAACGGGAAAACUUCUCUGGGUUUGAAUGUCAUGCAGCCACCCACAUCAACCACCCACGGUGGCUAAGGGUGACAUGCAGAGCCGGUCACUGUAUUCUAACUAUGGGAUAAGCAGGAUGGGCAAGUACAAAGAAUACUAUUAUAGAAUACAGAAAUACUUACUUUUCCUAACUCAAACAUUUAGUGGUGUGUGUUCUGGGCAAUACUAGAUGUGUCUAAAUGUAUGAUUAACCAGCAUAAUGAUCACAGUCAGUGUUGGGUCCUGGUCUUCAAUGGCCUGGGUCAUUUUCAGCUUCAAGACAGGUAGGGUCAAGUGCGUGUGCAUUACUGCAGGCCAAGCUUCAGUUGCGUCUGCUUCAGCUUUUGUAGAAUUGCAUUGUCCCAAGCCUAGCAUGUUAUACCUUUAAAGUUAGGCAAUGUUCUUUUUUAUAUUCCCAAAUAUUCCUUUCCCAUUUGAUUUCUUUUCUGUUUAAGAUCUGAUCUUAAACUUACCUAUCUUAACUGUCAGUUGUAUUUUUCCUAUUUAAUAAGGUCUUUGAUCACUGAACUAUCAGUUGAGAUACUUAUUAUACAGUUGAAACUUGAUAUUGGAAACUGAAGGCAAUAUGGGCAAUGUAUAACAGAUCAUAUAAUGAUUUUAUAACUUGCUAGCACACCAAAUGUAUGAGGUUUCUGAUUGUGUCGUCUGACUUGUCUCAACAGGGAGGUCAGACAGAGGACAGAAUCUGUGCCUUGGCCCGAUUCAUGGGUUAUGUUUUGUGUGGUGGUGAACGUCAGCGUGAUGUGACUUCACGUGAGGUGACGCAUGGCAGGAAAGUCUUGUGCGUGCUCCCACGUGUGGGCAUGCGAAAUCAGCAAGGGGAGGAAGAGAGGCGGUGCUCUGCCUGCCUCCUUUUAAAGCUAAUUGACAUCCAGGUAAAUGUCUGAUCCAGGCCCUGUAUUCCUGUUUUCCUCCCUGCCUAGAAUAUUCUGCGUCUGCCUCAUUUUCCUUGUUGUAUAAAGCCAGGCUCUAACCUGUGAUAAGGUUCCAGCCCCCUGGGCUCUCUUCACAGAUAGGUUUGUUUGAAGACGAGUUUCUUGCUUACAGACAAAGCCAGCCUGGUUCUUUCAUCUUUUUUUCCGGAUUCUGGGAGGCUACAACUGGAGCGUGGUUCAGGCUUAUUGGUGUUUGCCAAUGAAAUGAGCUUUAGUCCAUGGGAGCUUAGGUCUGAACAAAUCUGCUAGCAUCUAGUGCUAGAAGAUACGUAGGGGAAGCUGCUGCAAACUGACUUGGUUACUUCUCCUUUAUAAGUUAAUCUGGGCAGAUACCCAACUAAGUUUGGGGACUGGGUGCAAUGAGGAAGAGGCCAGUUUGGUCAGCAUCAGCAUGAGUGUGGUCUAACUUGUGACAGCAGCCUUGUCCUUUCUGCGCAGUGUGUUUUUGGUUUCUUCUGCCUCUUUGAGAUGGGCCAGAUUUCUUUUGGCAUAUUAAAAGGCCUGCCUUUACCUGUUCUGAAGCAGACUCAGAGAAAGCUAAAGCUGAUCAUCUGUGAUGAGGGUCUUCUCCAGGCACUCGAGCAGGGAGGCUUGCUCUGGUCCUCCCCUGCUCCACAGACCAAGGGCACGCUUCCUAGUACCGGCACGCACAGAUGGAAAAUGUUUGGUGGCUAACUCUGCAGGCUAUACAGAUUCAAUAAACUGCUAGAAAGGCUCUGCAUAGGAUGUGUAACAAGGAGAGAGGGGGUGAAGGCCCUGUCAGCAGCCGUGAAGGGCCAGCUGCUUCUUCCCCUCUGCAUUUUGAUAUGCAAAUGAUCUGGCCACCUCACCUGUUUAUGGAACAAGGGCUGUUCGGUGCAUGUCUUCUCUUUUCCAUCAAGCUCUGUAAUCAACAUCAGCCUCUCACUUAAGAAAAACCCACGGGCAUCUGUUUUUCAAAAAGAAGGCUCUCUUUCAACGAAACUUAUUCUGGGUCUGAAAGUAACCACCUCCUGCUUUCCCUCCAGGGCAGUAAAGCCCAUCGUUCUUUCAGCAACGAGACAGUAAAACUCGUGAAUCAUAACUGCAAGAAAAUGGUGUUGCACAAACGGUUGUGCUCCCGUCACACUUACCGUGUUAACUUUCCUUGCUGCUGCUAAUAUCCCCACUUACAUUCCUCCUGGUAACAGUAUUAACAUGCAAAUCUUCUGCAGCAUCUUCUAUUCACUAAGCUAGGAACAUUUGAACUUAACUGCGUUUUAUCAGUGCGCAUUUGUUUACUGCUAUAAUUUUAAAAUGCACUAAAGGAGCCAUUUUGUUCAAUACUAUUUUUUUAAAUUCCAGCAAAGACAGGAGAGAUUUUUUUCUUGGAGAAAACAAAUCAGAAGUGGUGCCUGACCUCUUCUGUUUUCACUGGGGGCUUUUAUUUAAAACUCCAAGCUUUGACACACAAUAUAUGCAAUAUUUUAUUUAUUGGUGUUGCAUACUGUCUUAAUGUGUAUAAAUCUUUUUAUUUUUGCUUUUUCUCAUCUCCUCCAGUAGACCGUUUCCUUUUAGAGGCCUUUGUUUAUCUGUGUAUACAUGUAGAAGGAACUUAAGUGGAGACCACUAAUAUAAAAGAAGCACACUUUUCCUGGAGAUCAGUGUUAUAUGUUAUAUGACCUACCUAGAUUACCAUUUGAGGGAUUGCAUUUCGAACCGUCAUUCUGUUCCGCCUUUCUCCUUGUGCAGUGGCAGUUCCCCCUCCUCGCUCUCUCUCUGCAGCCCCCCCACCUCACCUUUCAGCUUGCUUCAAAGGUUUGGGGCAGAUUGGGAGGACACAGCUGGGCUGCUUGAGAGAGGAGAGAAUGGGGAAGUCCUGUGCCCCUGGCGGCAGCCUUCAGCUGGCCAAAUGACCGUUCUGAAUCCAACCCACACUGACUGUAUUUAUCCCAAGUCCUCUUGCUCAUCCCUCUCUGUUAACUUCCUUUCAGAUUGCACUAAUGUGUCUUUCUUUAUAUUAUGAAAUAUUGCUAUUAUUCAUGUACAGUAAGUUGACAGUAUAACUUGGAAUGCUUUGUGCUGCCUUUUUAAAUUUUAAAGCUGCUUUUUUUCAGUAACACUCUUUAAGUAUCUGGUUGUGCUGCUGUAGGUUCAUUUGUGUAUUGAAGCAGAUGUAGGAAAUGUGGCGCUAUGAUAGAAAACUUGAGGGAAUACUGUUUUGUGAUUGUGUUUGUAUUGUUACUGUUAUGCCUACCAUCCCACAGGGUGGAGAAGGAGCCUUUUAAAUUUCUGGUCAGCAACAAUUUUUCUGGGCGGGCUGCUUUGAAGAGGAGAUGAGAGUUGGUAGCCAACACUCACCCCGAAUGCUAGGAUGUCCCAUGGACAGCCAUUUCAUCCUCCAAACCCCUCUGGCUUGACAACUGUGGUGUUAACUGGGACUGGGCAGCGGGAGGAAUUGGUCCGUGGGGUCUUCAGCAACUGGUCCCUACAUCGAAGCCAUAGGAAGCCUCCACAUGCUCAAAGCUAUAAUGAAGGAGCCAGCACGAAGCACUGUGUGGUUUGGUCAGCAGACCCUCUAGGGAAGGCUUACAUCUUCAGUCCUGCAGUCACUUACCUCUGCUUAACAGUGAAGACCUGGGGAAGUGUGUUCUGCAGGACCAAGCCUUGGUGCCUCAAUUGCCUCCUGAGCAUUAGCAGUCUCUAGAGACAACAUUUGCAAUCUGACGUCCUCCUGAUGUUUUGGAUUUCAACUUCCAUCAGUCCCAUCCAGCAUGGCCAAUGGUCAGAAAUCCUGGGAGUUGUAGCCCAAAAGAUCUGGAGGCUACCAUGCUAAGUAAGGCUGCUCUAGAGUCUAGCAUCCUAAGGCAUUCUCCUAAGGCAUUUGUGCCCUAGAUUUGGCCAUUCAAGCAAGUGGAGAGAAACCAUCCUCAACCAAUUCUUCAGUAGCAUUGAGCAGCUCUGGAGAAACACGAAGCUCUCCUUAGCUAGCCUCCAGGUAGGAUUGUGGAAGAGUUCCCCGUUUCUCUACCUUCCAUCCUCAAUGGCAAGAGGGCGCAAGAGUGAGACCAGGACUGGGCUUUGUUCUCCUGCAAAAGCUCAAGCUGAAGAUGGAAGCAAAGCUGAUUGCUCACAGGGAUGUGGCAUCCCUCUGACAUUAGGACUUUGUAUAGGGCAGGGCUGCCAGUGGGAAGCCUGCCUUGCCCUUAGCUCAGGUACCUCAAUUGCAUUAGGUGGAUGUAGUUGGCUGGGCCUGGCAGCUGUGAAAUGUCAUCUGGGGCAAGCACUAAACUGUUCCAAUUGAGGGGAAUGCCUGCUGCCUCCAUUAUUCAGGCUACCUCCAAUCACGAAAUAUCACUUUCCUACCUUUGCCUCGUAUUUUUUUCUGUGCUAGCUGUUUGCAAGGAGUUUGCCUUUUAGCUGUCUGGCGUGGUUGCUCUGGAGGUUUGGUUUUGUGUUUUGCCUGAUUGUAAUGUAUGUGGCCUGAUGUCAGAGUUGGCCUGAGGUCAGGGUCUUUUUGUAUCUGCCUCAUUCCCCCCCCCACUGCAAAAACAUUUUCGACCACUAGAUGGUGUGGAGGAAUACAAGUUUUUGCUGAUAACCUCCGGUAGGUGUUGUUGGCUAUCUAUCUGAUACAGAUUGGGUUUUGUGUUUUAACAUCGCCAUCAUGGUGCAGCUGCAACUUUCUGAGAUCCUAAGCACGUUUUCAACAUAUGAGUACUGUGUGUUUAUGUAGUUUUUCAGGUUUUUUUUUCUUUCAUUUUUGCAAUAGCAACUUGUUUGACUGUCCUAAACUAGGUGUUGACUGGUUACCAAAAUUGCUGUUUGUGAAAUUGCCAGUGAUAUUUUUUUUCCUGUAAGACAAUAAAGUCCUAAAAUCACCAAAUAUUAAUUCCUCCCACCCAAUGUCUUACCAUAUUGCCAUGGUAAUGAUUUUAACACAUAUUUGUAUAUAAACAAACCAGGUAGUAACGGUUGUAAGUUCAGACAUCUUUUUUCCCUUCAAUUAAAAUACAAUAAUGCUUCCAGUGCUACAAAACCAGUGUACAGUUGUUAAACAAGUUGUAAAUAAAGGCUUAUAUAAAA